AUGCUUUUCCAGACUGCUGCCAGCUUCCUGGCCGUCGCUGGCCUCGUUGCCGCUACUCCUUGCAAGCCUCAAGACGGCUGGGAGACCAAGUACACAGCUACCGCCUCUGCUGAUGUCGCCAAGGCUGCCGCCACGGCCAAGACCAGCAGCCCUACCAGCCAUGUGAAGGGCAAGGCCUUUGACCGACUUGCCAUCAUAUAUUUUGAGAAUCAGAACUAUGACAAGUCCUUUGGUGACCCCAACUUCAACUGGUUCACCAAGAAGGGUAUUACUCUGUCAAACUAUUUCGCCGUUACCCAUCCCUCUGAGCCCAACUAUAUGGCUGCGAUUGCUGGAGACUACUUUGGCAUGGAGAACGACGACUUCACCCGCUCGCCUCGCAACAUUUCUACUGUCAUUGAUCUCCUGGAUACCAAGGGCAUCUCAUGGGGCCAUUAUCAGGAGGACAUGCCCUUCUCCGGAUUCGAGGGCAUGGCGUACGUUAACCAGAAGAAUGGCGCCAAUGACUAUGUCCGCAAGCAUAACCCUGCCGUUUUGCAUGACAGCAUCACCCAUUCCGAGCAGAAGCUGUCGCAGAUCAAGAACUUGUCUCUUAUUGACACGUCGCGCUCCCAGUUCCACAAGGAUCUCAAGGCAAACAAGCUGCCUCAGUGGAUGUUCAUCACCCCCAACAUGACCUCCGAUGGACAUGACACGUCCGUCACUGUUGCUGGUGUCUGGUGCCGCAAGUUCCUUGAGCCCCUUCUUCAGGACAAGAACUUUAUGCAGAACACCCUCGUCCUGGUAACCUGGGAUGAGAACGAAAGCUAUGCUGAGCGCAACAACAUUCUGGGUAUCCUUCUUGGUGAUGCUGUUCCCAAACAUCUGGUUGGCACUGAAGACAAGAACUUUUAUAACCACUACUCGGAGAUUGCUACCGUCUCUGCUAACUGGGAUCUUCCCACCCUUGGCCGAUGGGAUGUUGGUGCCAACGUCUUCAAAAUGGUUGCCGACAAGACUGGCGACAAGCUUCGGCAGUGGAAGUCGCAGCAGCAGCUUCAGGGCAUGUUCUGGAAUUUGUCUUACGCUGGCCAUUUCAGUGACCAGGGCGGCAACAAGAUCUUCCCCAAGCCUAACCUCGACCUUGACAAAGCUUACAAUGGCCGUCCUAUUCUUCAGUCCAUCAAGGACACUUGGAAGCACAGCAAUGCCCCUACGUACUACAAGGACACCAUUGAGACUGCGGAUGGUUUGCACCCCCCCAAGGGCUACGAACCCAAGAAAAAAUAA